CCAUUUUCAGUUUCACUCUCUCACUCUCACUCUUUCACUCUUCGCAUUGCAUUGCUGCUUCCGAAACCCUUGGGGUUAGGGUUUCUUCCAUUUCUUCAACAAUGGUGAGAGUGAGGAAGCAAUCGCUUCUCGAUGAUGAAGAAGAAGAGAUUAUUGGAAGGAAAGGGAAGCGGAAAGUUGCUGUCACUGAUGACGACGAGGAAGACGAUGAAGGCUUGGAUGACUUUGAGAUUGAUGGGUUUAUAGUUGACAAUGUUGAAGAAGAUAAAAGUCCAAAACAACCGCAAAAGAAGAGAAAGAGAAGGAGAUCAUCGAAAAAUGUUGUUCUUGACGAUGAUGAUCUUGAGUUAAUUCGUGAAAACAAGAGCAUCAAUCAGGAAAAACUGAGAGAUGGAAAACUCAAGAGGCUUAAAAAGGCUGGCAAAGGCACUGAGCUGACGGAACACUCUUCUGAUGAUGGAGGAUCACUUUUUGAUGAUGAAGAUGAGUCUGAUGAUGCAGAAGAUGACAUGGCGGAUUUUAUAGUGGAUGAUGAGGUUGUUUUCUAUGGGAAGGGAGAUUCUCUCGGACAAAGUAAACUUAAAGAAAAGAAACAUAUGUCUUCACUUUCAAAAGAAGCCAAACAUAGUUUUCGCAAGGCAGUUCUGCUGGAAGAGCAUAUCGGGGAAGUUCAAAUUCCGUCUACUGAAUCUGAUGUACCUAGCAAUAUGACCAUUGAUGGAGAGGGUGUAGAUAACUCAGACAUACCUGAGAGGAUGCAGAUAAUUGUGGACAUUGUAGUAUCUGCUGCAAUUGACGGAAUGAGUAUAGAAGAAGAAAGUUCUUGGAUGCUACAUCAACUUGCAUCCAAUAUAAAUCCAUUGUCCAGUGAGGCCAAAUCCUGCGGACUAGUUGACACAGUAAAAAGGGAAGAUAUUGAUAGGUUCUUGGAAUUGUAUCAUACAAAUAAAUAUGAUAUUCCAUUUAUUGCAAUGUACCGGAAGGAACAAUGCCUUAGUCUUCUGGAAGAUCCAAAUCGGGAUGAAUCAGAUAAUGCAGUAGUGAAUGAUAUUGAGAGAAAACCUAAGCUUAAAUGGCACAAGAUACUGUGGAUAAUCAAGGAAUUGGAUAAAAAGUGGCUGCUUCUUCAGAAGCGGAAGAGCAUGCUCCGGAGAUACUACAAUAAACAUUUUGAGGAAGGAUGCGAAAUGUCUUUCGCAGUUGAAGAAUCCAGUUUCCGUAAGCAGAUUUGUGACUCCAUCACCAGUAUGCUCGAAAAGGCUGAAACAGAGAGAGAGAUUGAUGACAUUGAUAUGAAGUUUAAUUUAUAUUUCCCACCAGCUCAUGAGUUUUCUGAUAGUAGUUAUAAAAGGCCUCUGCUGAAGACAUAUUUUUCCAACUGCUGUAAGGCAGGACUUUGGUCACUUGCAAGCAAAUUCGGCGAUCCUGAGAAAUUUGGUUCUUUACUUACACUUAAGAAAUUGGGAAUGGAUGUGGAAGAGGAUCCAGCGGAAUCUCCAGAGGAGAUAGCUUCAAUAUAUAACUGUGAAACAUUUCAAACCUCAGAAGCUGUCCUUAAAGGCGCCAGGCACAUGGCUGUAGUGAUGUUAAGCUGUGAGACAACAUUCAGGAAAUAUGUCCGCAGCAUAUUUAUGGACAAGGCUUUAGUUUCAACUAGCCCUACACCGGAAGGAAAUUUAACAAAAGAUUCCUUUCAUGAAUUUUCUGGUGUUAAGUGGCUGCAGGACAAACCUCUCUCGAAGUUUGAGGAUUCCCAGUGGUUUUUCAUUGAGAAGGCUGAACAAGAUAAGCUUCUUCAAGUGGAAAUAAAGUUGCCUGAUCAUGCUGUAAAUGAGUUGACAAUUGCAUGCAAUGAUGCUUAUCUGAAAGAGAAUGAAGGAAUAUCUACUAGGCUUUGGAAUGAGCAGCGUAAAUUAAUACUGCAGGAUGCUAUUUCAAAUUUUCUCUUGCCUUCUAUGGAGAAGGAAGCAAGAGCAUUGCUAAAUGCCAGGGCUAAAAACUGGUUAUUAAUGAAGUAUGGGAUGCAGUUGUGGAAUAGAGUCUCUCUGGCACCAUAUCCAUUGAGUGACAAUGCCACUGUACGACCGAGGGGAGUCAUGGCUUGUUGUUGGGGAAAUGGAAAGCCUGGUACAGCAUUUGUCAUGCUAGACUCCAGAGGAGAAUUUGUUGAUGUGAUGCACGCCGAGUCACUUGCACUACGAUCUCAGAAUAUCAAUGAUCAGCAACGGAGGAAAAAUGAUCAAAAGCGUGUCCUCAAAUUCCUAUCGAUUCAUCAACCGAGCGUUAUUGUACUAGGAGCUGCUAAUGCAUCAUGUAUAAGGUUAAGAGAGGACAUUAAUGAGAUUAUUUCCAUGAUGUCCGAGGACAAUCUUGAAAGCCUCAGUCAAGAGAUGAAAGGACUACCAGUUGUUGUAUUAGGCGAUGAAGGCUUGCCUCGACUUUAUGAAGAUUCAGAAAUUUCCAUUAGACAAGUUCCAAAAAAAAUUGGCAUUGUCAAGAGAGCCGUGGCUCUUGGACGUUACCUUCUUAACCCGCUGGCAAUGGUUGCAACACUCUGUGGAGUUCAAAAAGAGGUGUUGUCUUGGAAGUUGGACCCUCUGGAGAAAUUCCUAACUAAGGAUGAGAAGUUGGAGAUUAUUGAAUGGGUCAUGACAGACAUUACAAAUCAAGUAGGUAUCGACAUAAAUUUGGCAAUUAAACAUGACUGGCUUCUGGCUCCUUUGCAGUUUGUUUCUGGUCUUGGACCUAGGAAAGCUGGUAUUUUGCAUAGAGAAUUACUUGGAGGUACAGAUGUGAGAAGUCGAAGGGACUUUGUUAAAUUAGGACUCAACACAAAAAAGAUUUUCUUCAAUGCUGUUGGCUUUUUACAGAUUUCUUUUGAUGACCCGGAUUUUGUUGACUCUGUUGGUAGUCCCCUUGAUCGUACAAGAAUUCAUCCAGAGUCGUAUAGUCUUGCUGAGGAAUUAGCCAGAGCUGUUUAUAGACAUGAUAAUUUGGAAAGUUCAGAUGCUAAUUCUAUCCAAGUGAAUGCAAUUGAAUAUAUUCAAAAUGAUCCAAAACUGCUAGAGUCUUUUGAUGUAAAUGGAUAUGCAGAUAGACUGGAAACAGAAAAAGGUGAAUACAGACGGGUGACUCUUUUUGAUAUAAAGAGGGAACUACUACAUGGAUUUAAUGAUCCUAGGAGGCCUUAUAUGGAGCCCACUCAAGAUGAGGAGUUCUAUAUGAUAACUGGAGAAAUUGGGGCUGCGCUAGUUGAAGGAAAAAGAGUCCAGGCAACAGUUCGUCACGUGCAGUCAAAGCAAGCAUUCUGUGUACUUGACUCUGGAAUAACAGGAAUACUUUAUAAGGAAGACUUUUCAGAUGAAAGUGAGGAUAUAUUUUUGACCAAAGAAUUGCAUGUAGGAGAUGUGCGUACAUGCAAGAUCAAACUGAUUGAUAAGAACAGAUGCCAGGUCCAUCUGACUUGUAAAUUGAGUGAAAUGAAGAAUGAUGAUGGUGAGCAAGGUUUCCUUGACAUAGAUCCUUAUUAUUGUCAGAGAAGCAUAGUUUUACCGAGUCAGCAAGAGGCAACAGACAAAAAGGAGCUUGUAAAUAAACAAUUCAUGCCCAGGAUGAUUUCUCACCCCCAUUUUCAAAAUAUAACUGCAGAUCAAGCUAAAGAGUUCCUUGCAGAUAAGGCCAUUGGGGAAUAUAUUUUCCACCCGAGUUUAAGGGGUCCAUGUUAUUUGACCUUAUCUCUGAAAAUUUAUGGUGGACUUUGUGCACAUAAAGACAUUUUGGAAGGUGGAAAGAGUCAUGAUAUAAAAAGCUUGCUCGGACUUGGAGAGACAUUAAAAGUUGGCGAAGAAAUAUUUGAGAACAUAGAUAAGGUUAUCGAACACUAUGUCAAUCCAAUGGUAGUUCAUCUGAAAGCUAUGAUUAGCUUCCGAAAAUUUAAGAAGGGCUCAAAAGCUGAGGUUGAUGGAUUGUUAAAACUUGAGAAGGAGGAAUAUCCAAACAGAAUACCAUAUGGGCUUGGCAUUUCAUACGAGCAUCCUGGUAUUUUUGUAUUGUCUUACAUAAGAAGUACAAAUCCACAUCACGAGUUUAUUGCUAUCCAUCCAAAAGGAUUCAAAUUCAGGAAGCAAAUAUUUAAUAAUGUUGAGCAGCUCUUGGGAUAUUUUCAAAGUCAUAUCAAUGAUAAUGUUGCACGAGGCAGAAACCAGGCAACAGCCGACGGAUGGAAAAGCAACAAUGAUGAUCAGCACAAGCAAUCAAGAGGUUACAAUGACCAUGGGGAUGGUCAUGGAGCUGGAUUUGGUCGUGGUCGUGGACGUGGAGGCCCUGGACGGGGCCGUGGGGGUCGUGGACGUGGAUUCGGUCCUAGAUCUGGCUCUCGUGAUGACUGCACAGGUGAUGGCGGUAAUUUUGGUGGCUCAAAGGGGGACUUUGGUUCCAGGAACGGCACUGAAGAUUCAUUUGCUGCUGGUAACAGUUGGGGAACUGAGCAGGAUACAAACAGGAACAACAAUGACAAUAGUAAUUGGGGAAGUGGUGGAAGUAAACCCUCUGAGGGUGGUGGUUGGGCAAGUGGCAGUUCAUCUGGUUGGAAAGGUAAUGUUGGUAAGAGUUGGGGUAGUGAUGACAAAGGAGGUGGAGGUGAUAAUACAAACAUGAACAACAAUGACAAUGGUAAAUGGGGUAGUGGUGGAAGUAACCCCUCUGGGGGUGGUGGUUGGGCAAGUGGCAAUUCUUCUGGUUUUAAAGGUAAUGCUGGCAAAAGUUGGGGUGGGGGUGGUGAUGACAAAGGAGGUGGAAGUGAGCAAGAAAAUACGAACAAGAACAACAAUGACAAUGGUAAAUGGGUCAGCGGUGGCAGUAAUCCCUCCGGGGGUGGUGGUUGGGCAAGUGGCAAUUCUUCUGGUUUUAAAGGUAAUGCUGGCAAAAGUUGGGGUGGGGGUGGUGAUGACAAAGGAGGUGGAGGUGAGCAAGAUAAUACAAACAUGAACAACAAUGACAAUGGUAAAUGGGGUAGUGGUGGAAGUAACCCCUCUGGGGGUGGUGGUUGGGCAAGUGGCAAUUCUUCUGGUUGGAAAGGUAAUGCUGGCAAGAGUUGGGGUGGGGGUGGUGAUGACAAAGGAGGUGGAAGUGAGCAAAAUAAUACAAACAGGAACAACAACAAUGGUAAAUGGGGCAGUGGUGGAAGUAACCCUCCUUCUGGGGGUGGUGGUUGGGCAAGUGGCAAUUCUUCUGGUUUUAAAGGUAAUGCUGGCAAGAGUUGGGGUGGGGGUGGUGAUGACAAAGGAGGUGGAAGUGAGCAAGAAAAUACAAACAGGAACAACAAUGACAAUGGUAAAUGGGGCAGCGGUGGCAGUAACCCCUCUGGGGGUGGUGGUUGGGCAAGUGGCAAUUCUUCUGGUUUUAAAGGUAAUGCUGGCAAGAGUUGGGGUGGUGAUGACGAAGGAGGUGGAAGUGAGCAAGAUAAUACAAACCGGAACAACAAUGGUAAAUGGGGCAGUGGUGGAAGUAACCCUCCUUCUGGGGGUGGUGGCUGGGCAAGUGGCAAUUCUUCUGGUUUUAAAGGUAAUGCUGGCAAGAGUUGGGGUGGGGGUGGUGAUGACAAAGGAGGUGGAGGUGAGCAAGAUAAUACAAACAUGAACAACAAUGACAAUGGUAAAUGGGGUAGUGGUGGAAGUAACCCCUCUGGGGGUGGUGGUUGGGCAAGUGGCAAUUCUUCUGGUUGGAAAGGUAAUGCUGGCAAGAGUUGGGGUGGGGGUGGUGAUGACAAAGGAGGUGGAAGUGAGCAAGAUGAUACAAACAGGAACAACGACAAUGGUAAAUGGGGCAGUGGUGGAAGUAACUCCUCUGGCGGUGGUGGUUGGGCAAGUGGCAAUUCUUCUGGCUGGAAGAGUAAUGCUGGCAAGAGCUGGGGUGGGGGCGGUUCUGGUGAAGGCAAUGAUGAGGGAACCACCAAGUUUAAUGGGAAGCAAGCAGGUGGUAGCUGGGGAGAUGCUUCAAAUGAUGGUGGCUUGGGACAGCAACAGGGUGGACAAGGCAGAGGGAGAGGAAGAGGAAGGAGAGGAGGCCAAGGUGAUGGUGGAGGACGUGGUCGUUGGGGCAGAAACAGCGAUGGGUUUGGGAGGCAUGGAGGUGAUGGCUCUAAUGAUGGUGGUUGCGAAGGGGGAGGAAGAGGAAGGGGGAGAGGAUGGAGAGGAAGCCAAGGCGAUGGCCGAGGCUGUGGUCGAUGGGGUGGUAAUGGUACAGAUGAAUAAAUCAGCCUAACUAUAGGCAGUUGGGGGACUGUCUGUUUCUACUAUGCUGGAUCUGGAAAUGAGAUUCCUCACUGCUGGUGAUUCCAAAUUGUUGGUUUUUUGCUCUCUAGAGGGGUACCUUUAUGUAGUGACACAAACUUGUCUAAUAUUUGCUAAUCUAGUGUCUAAGAUGUUUUACUUAUCUACAUGUACAGGCAUAUUAAAACCCUUUAUCGUUGUCAUUUGCAAUGUUUGUAGAUGAAUUAGAUGUUGGUCAUGAGCGGUAAGUUAAAUGAUGAAAAGGUGAAAUGGAAAAUUGCUGUGUUAUUGCUUUGUUUU